AUGACAAGUAAGAGACCGUACCCGAGUCAAGAUCAGGAUCAUCAGCAACAAGAACAACAAGAACAACAACAACCACAACAGGAUCAUCAGAAUGACCAAGACAACGAUACCCCUAAGAGGAGAUUGGGUAAAGUGGAUAGAGGCAGAGAAGCGUGUAACGAGUGUAGGAGGCACAAGAUCCGAUGUCAUCCACAUCCCGAUGAUCCCCAGCAUCUCUUUCCUUGUUCAAGAUGCGAGAGGAUGAACCUUAGUUGUGAAUUUGCAAAACAUAAUAGAGGUAGGAAGAGGAAGAGACCACUACCUUUACUUGCCGGUACAACUGUUUCUGAAGAUCAGCACAAUUCCAUCCCUGCACAAUCUUCUUCCUCUGUUCCUCUAACGAGCUCCAAUCAUAAAUCAAAAUUACCCAAACAAGAGGACAAUCAUCCUCAUUCAUUUGGCGAUCCUCGUUUCCCAUUCAUCUCCAAUGAACCUGAUACGCACUCCCACUCGCGAUCGAGCCAUCACGCCAGGAUAGAAGAUGAUUUCCGACCUUCAAAGGGUAUCAUGUCAUUGAGGCAUAUGGUCGGAGAGGAAAGUUCAGAGGAUGUAUCGAGCGAGGAGGGUGAUGAUGGUGUAGAUCAAGCUGCGGACAACUCUGCCAGACUCGGUGAUUCAACGGGUAAGAAGAGCUCAAAUAAAGGUAAAACGCCAACAAGAGGUCCAGAAUUGGUAGAUGAUCCGAUAAGAGCUGGGUUUGUGGAUGAAGUUGAGGCGAGAGCUUUGUUCCAUCUUUUCAUGACUCAUUACAAUGGAGGGUUGCCAAUGCUCGACCCGGCCAUACAUACGCACGACGUAGUGAGAGAACAGUCACCAUUUUUAUAUACCGCAAUCUUAUGCGUAACCUCCCGGUAUCUCUCAUCGUUAUCCCCUAAUACAACAGAUGGACCCAACAUGUCACCCGAAUCAGCUCAAUCCGUACACCAGCAGAUUCUGGUCCUCGCAAGGGAUCACAUGACUUGGACUUUCGCAGAGGCUAUCACAAGUAUCGACGUUGUCAGAGCUAUGCUGAUUUUGACGAUCAACAAGGAGCCUGAUGACGAUAAAGCGGGUUUUCACAUGAAUCGUGCCAUCCUCGCUGGCAGAGAGCUAGAUCUGGGGAGAAUCCCGUCCGUAGCUGAGAUGAGUGGAAUGAAUGAGGAGGAUCACAGAAGACUUCGAAUGAGGCAGAGAGUCUGGCUGUGUCUCUUCUUUGCCAAUUCCAUUUUCAAUAUGCAGUUUCAACAGCCCAUGUUGAUCUCGCAGUCGGAUCCCUUGGUAGCCACCGCGCAUCACUGGUUAAAAAGGGCAAGACCAGACACUGUCCUCAGAGACACACAUCUGGUAUGCUCUGUAGAACUCCGUCGAAAAUUCCUGAAUUAUCGUGAUCUCCUCGUCGGCUCCAUACCGAAUGAACCCACUUAUGCAAGUCCUUUAUCGCUCAGUAUGUUAACGAGGACCAUGAAUCAGGAUUGGGAUAUAAGCUGUGAGGCCUGGAUAAGGGAUAUCAUCGAUGUUGGCGGUACAUCGAACAACAUCAAUAAGCCUCGGGUAUGGACCGCAGCCCUUCGACUCAACUUGAACCUCCUCAUCGUCAAUCAGACUCUUCGCCUUCUGCCACAGGAUCAGAUCGAUGUCGGUUCACCUUCGUCCAUACCAGCUUUCAAUCAUUGCUUGAACGCCGCGACGACUGUCUUGUUGAGGAUUGAAACGCUGGAUAAGACGCAAUUGACUUUUGCUUCGGACACAUUCCUGCAUUUCGCAUUGUACGCUGCUACUUUGCUAUCCACUCUUUGUCGAGGUCAACAUCCAUACAAGUUCGAAGCUCCGGAGAUCGAGCACUGUCGACGACUCAUCACCAAAGUAGCUAAUGCUCUGGAUGCCGCCUCUGCCUAUCCGUCCGAUUCACCCACAUUACACGCAUGGUACCUUCGUCGAUUAUGCCAAUUACUCCCCCCACCGACUACCACCCCUAUCCCAUCCGGACCACCACUAUCAGUCUCAUCUUCCGAUGCCCCCUUGCCACCCCCCACCAAUAUCCCUACCUCCAAUCCGAUCAUAGACCCGCUCUUGCAAAAUGUCACUACCACCAUGCCGGUUGACCCUGCUCUUACCACGGUGAUCGGCAACGAACUUGAUUUCUUCCUUGGUGAUUUCCCUUGGGUAGGAUUAGGUCUAGAUGCUACAAUAGGUAUGAGCAAUAGCCAACUUGGACAGAGUCAGAAUUCGGGCACCACGUGGGACAAUAACAGUACCAGCAAUAACAAUGAUCUGAUAGGAAUGUUCGGUAAUGCUCAUACGCAUACUCUAGCGAAUGGUUACGGAGGAGCGAAUCAUAUGGGCUUGACACACAACGACCAACCAGGUUCAAAUCACGGUGGUAACUUGGAUGCAUAUUCUAAUACGCAUCGUCCCUUGCCACUCGAGAUACCUUAUGGUAGCGGUGGAGGACUGGGCGGUCCGAUGGGAAUGGGAAUGGGUAUGAGCACCGGAGGCAUGGCUUUUAGUCAUGUUGUCUGA